AUGGUCAGGGACAUAGGAUGGGACACAGUUUUCAGUGCAUACUAUCACCCUAUCCAAAGGAAGUAUACCACCCAGCAGCCAGUUGGAUCUGAGGCCCUGGUUCAGCAAGGUCCCCCUGUGAGAAAAGCAGAUCCCAUGGCCCAAAGGUGUCUCACAAUGGCUGGCAGGAAGAUCCUCUUACAUAGGUCCAAUGAUCUCAGUCCUCUGCCUCCACCAUGGAAGUUGACAGUGGCUCAUGCAAAAGAGCUUUUCCAACUCUGGCAGGUGCAGUCCAUCCAUACUCAUCAAGAUUUGGAUAAUGACAUGGACUUGACUGAUAGCAACCAGGAUCUCAAUAAUAAUAAAGCCCCCAUCAGUCAUGAUGCAGACAACAGUGAUGUAUUUGCUGAUGGAGAGACAUACUGUGGGGACAAUGAUAACUAUGAGGAUUUGCACCACUUGAAGUGUCUGCAAGCAUCACCCUCUGAUGAUGAGGGUGACAGCACACAUAGUCAAAAAUGGAUGCGCAAAUCAGAAGAUUCACCUUCCCUGCAGCAAGUUGACCAGUGA